AGAACACAAGGAUCUGUACAAGGACGUCAUGAUGGAGAAUCACCAGUCCCUCACAUCACCGGGAAAGUUCAGAUGGAACGACGAGUGGACUUGAAAAACCUGCAUCAGCGUCUGUGAAUGGUGAAGACAGGAUGACAGUAUACCAUAAGCAUCUCCAUUUACCUUCCUGUCAUGAAGCAGAAGAUAACAAUACCACACAAGAUGAUUCUAUGACUCCUAAUGUACCCUCAGUCCUUCACAGCGAAGAUCUCUCUACCGCUGGUCACAAGAAACCUUCAUCUAGUCAAUCACAAAUUGGCAAAACAAGAACUAAACAGAAACGUGGGAAACAUUUUAAAAGGAAAUCUAAUCUUUCCUUACAUGAGAAAAAUCACAGAGAUAAAAGGUCAUUUUCAUGCUCAGAAUGUGGAAAAUCUUUUACCAGGAAAUUCCUUCUGGAUGGACAUCAGAGAAUUCACACAGGGGAGAGACCAUUUUUAUGUUCAGAAUGUGGGAGAUGUUUUAGUCGAAAAUCACAUCUUGUGUACCAUCUAAGAAUCCACUUAGGGGAAAAGCCAUUUUUGUGUUUAGAAUGUGGGAAAUGCUUUAGUCAGAAUUCGGAUCUUAAUAGACAUCAGAAAUCUCACACAGGGGAGAAGCCAUAUUCAUGUCCUGAAUGUGGGAAGUGUUUUAGUCAGAAGUCAGAUCUUCAUAGACAUCAGCGAGCUCACACAGGGGAGAAGCCAUAUUUAUGUCCUGAAUGUGGGAAAUGUUUUAGUCAGAAAUCAGAUCUUCAUAGACAUCAGAAAGGUCACAAGGGGGAGAAGCCAUUUUCAUGUCCUGAUUGUGGAAAGUAUUUUAGUCAGAAAUCACAUCUUGUUACACAUCAGAGAGCUCACACAGGGGAGAAACCAUUUAUGUGCCCUAAAUGUAGUAAAUAUUUUAGUGUGAAAUCAGUUCUUGUAGAACAUCUGAGAACUCACACAGGGGAGAAGCCACAUACAUGCCCUGAAUGUGGGAAAUCUUUUAGUCUGAAAUCGUGUCUUGUUAGACAUCAGAGAACUCACACAGGGGAGAAGCCAUUUUUAUGUUCUGAAUGUGGAAAAUGUUUUAGUCACAAAUCAAGUCUUGCUGCACAUGAGAGGACUCACACUGAAGAGAAGCCACUAUUGCUCAGUAGUACAGGUCAUAAUGUAACUCAUACAUUCUUACAACAGAUGGCAGGAUCUCAGUCUGUGAAGCAAUUAUAGAUGCAAGCCAUGUCUUGUCAGGUCUUGUUUUAAGGCUGACAAUCAUGUGAAGAAAAAUUCAGCACUGCACAGAGAUCUAGUGUCACGGAUGGUGUUGCAGAAAGCUGGAACUUAUAAAUAAACAUCCGGCUGGCUUGAUCCAAAACUAAGGAGCAUAUGGGUGAGCCCUAUAAAACCCUAA